AUGGGGGCUGAAUUUAUAAGCUCGAAUUCUACCUACCAUCCCCCACCCCCACCCCACCCACCCCCCUACCCCACAUCCCACACUCCUUACCUUGCCCUCACCCAAACACCUCACACCUCAUCCAUGCACUAUAUACCUUACCCAAACUCACACAUUGCAUAUUACCCUUAUCCGACACCCCACACCACCCUCCACCACCGCACACCAUACCUCAAGCACCCACACCUUCCCACACCUCCACACCCCACACUCCCUCACCCGACCCACCCACACCAUCCCCAUACCACAUCGCUCCACAACCCCCACCCACGUCCACCCCCACCCCACCCCACCGCACAUAACAUCCCCAUCCCACAUCACUCCACACCCAACCCCAACCCCAACCCGACACCCGACCCCGGGAUUGCAACGUUACAAAGCAAAUCAGUGAGGCACUUUCAGCCAUUCAGAGCUCUAGACAGUGAAAAGACGGAGUUGGAGAGGUUGGACAGCGAGAUAGCAGGAAGGAAGUGGGGACGGAGAAAGUUCGGCAGUAUCUCGGUUUUGGAAGUCAAGGAAGAAGAAACAGGGAGAAUAAAACAAAGAUUCACAGAGAUCACGACAGACACAGUCAGGACACCAACUAAAGAAAAUGCCCAAACUGGAAAGCCCCAGGUCUUGAUGAAGUAUGGAUACUGGCUCAAAAACUUCAAGGCCCCUACACCCACGAAUAGCAGAACAACUCCAGCAUUGUAUAACCUGGCAGAUUACAAUAAACCACAGAGGAUAAUUGAACCACAAGACCCAGGUGUUAUCUACGAGUUUCGAUUCCAUUUACAGGUAUUAAAUUGCAAUAUACAGAGGAUUACAGCUACAGAGCCUCUGCCUCCUGUAAGUCCUGAACACAAAACACAAAGUGGCCCAGUUUUAGUCACCUUAGAGAACAAAUAG